CUACAGUAACAUACUAGCUACUGUUGUUGACAUUAGCUAGCUUGACGUUCAAAAUGGCGGACACUGGGGCGUCACGUGACCCUGUGACGUCAGGUGAAAUACCUCAAUAGUUACGAGAUGGUUUUCCCUGCCAUCCUCCAGACAUCCACGACGUGAUCUCUGCUGUGUGAGGGUAAUAUCGGUACAUUGCACGUCCCCAUUUAUACUGACUAAUACAUGCGUACUUGCGCGGCCUGAACUGAAGCUGCGCUCGUACACCUACAAGCACACAUGCCACUCACGCUUGGAGAGAGCCGGGACUACCUUUAGCUGCACUCUCCGCGCAGACUCAAACCGUGCCCGCCUCAGCAUACUGCAACAGAGCUCACACAGAACAUUCUUACUCAUACUGACACUGUUUAUUGCCCUUUUGAAUGUCUGUGAAAAGAAGGAUAUAGCCUAAUGUCUGGAAAUUGAUAUUGUUUUGAGAAAACAAAUGUUUUUUUUUGUAAACUGGAUGAUUAUUUUGAAUGCUACCUUGUCUUGAGAGAGACAUCAAGGGGAUGCCUUUUGUUCCAUUGAUAUGGUUCAUUGAUAUAAGUGAAUGUCAUUUGAGUUGAAUGUUAUAUGUGAAGAGAAUUCAUUCAGUGAAGUUUAUUUUGAAACUAGUUUAAAGUACCACCUCCCAUAAGUGUAUGGUUAAAAAUGACCUGUGUUAUGGUAUAGUAAAUGAAAGAAAGGUUUGGUUUACUGACAGUUGGCGGUAAUAUAGUUAACAGUGGAAGUACUCCUUUGUUAAAAGAAACAUUGAUCUUUAUUUUAUUUUAUUUUUUUUAUUAUCUUUCUAAAACAAAGCUCUGCUACAAAGGGGCUAUAGACCCUGUAAUCAUUUUCUUUAAUCAUCCCGGUAAUAAAUGUUACUAUUGUUUAUUACUUUAGCGUCGGGCUACUUAUCUGGGGGUAGGGGCGCCUCACCUGUUCAGCUGGAUUGGGAAAGUAGGGAGUGGUGCCGAGUCGAUUUAGUACUCACCUUUUACACACUACACACACUUCAGGCAGCCACCGGACACUCUACAUAUCCUGAAGCCCACUUUACCCUAUCUAAGUAAGUCAGUGCCAGGGCCAGGCUGCUGAACAGGAGACAACCUGCUCAUAUUUUUGAACACUGAGGCUAAAGGCAUUGAGCGAGGAGGACUUGGAUCCUGUCCUGCUCAGUCCACCCCAGACUUAAGUAUUUGGUAACCCCUACAAGGCGGCGGCAAUACCCCCGACCGCCACAUAUAUCAUACAGUUGUACCGUGUUUAUCACUGAGAUAUACUGUAAUCAGAUUUACAGUAUACCUGUUAUUUUUAAUAUAGUCUCCUGUAAACAGGUUUAUAUUAAAACUGUUAUUUUUAAAGCAAAUUACCGUAAACAGGUUUAUAAUUUAAUUAUUUUUUUAAACAAGUUAAAAAUAUCUGUUUUUUUCAUAGUAAUUUACCGUAAACAAAAAUAGUUCUCUACUGUGAAAUUAACGGUUGUCAAAAGAACAUACCGUAAUGUCUCGUACAUUGUGACUGUAUUUUUUUAUGGUGAAAUUCUUGUAACCACAGCUGCCGGUAUUUUACCGUAAAUUCUACAGGUUUUUUUUACGCAUAUCAUUUUUAAGCCUUAUGUUCUGUUUGGGUCUAAAGAUCCCACUUUGGUAUUUGGGGAAAGUGUUAAACUGUUUAUUGCUCAGCUCUGAGUGACAUCAGUGAGUCUGGGAUUCACAAAGUUAGAACUGAGAUGAAGAUCAAAUCUACUUGGUGUGUAGAGAUGAACUGGGACAGUGGGAGAUGGAUUUUUUUGGGGGGAGGUUUGGAACCCGAAUAAGAAAAUGUUGGAUUAAUACACAGAAGAAACAGAUCACAGCUUGGUUCAGGUUUGAUGGUUUCGAUUUCCUUUCCCACCCCACCUACUGGCACGUCGUCAAAAGUGCAACAACAACAACAACAGGCCUCAGUCAAGAGUGUGAGUGGAGCAUUCCUGGCUGGAAUUCCCCUUCACGUCAGCUGUCACCUUUACACCUGAUUUCCCUUUUCUUUCUCCAGCACACCUGAGAAAUUCACGAAACAGAAACUAACUGUGCUGUUGUAACUAAUAAUUAAAAGUAAACGUUUUCCUUUUUGCCUCACACAGGAAACUUCCAAAGAGAGAGGAGCGAACCGCCAUGCUGAAGCACUCUGAGCUCUGAGAGCACAAAUAUCCAGAGACAGUAUUUACUGCCAAUAAACACAAAUUCCUGCUUAAACUCUCCUCUGUCUCUGUUCCUGCUUUUAGAAAAUAGUUAUUCAACAACACGUGGGAAUGUAGAAAGCUUUAGUAAGUGCUUUCUCCAGCUCAGGGUGGACAUGGAGUUUAUACUGGGAACACUGGGUGUUUAAUGGUACAAUAAAUUCCAUGCACCUUCUCAACAUGGAUUUAUUUCUAUAAAGGAUUUUAUGGAAUCACAUUCAGCCUAGUUAUUGGACUCAUGGCGCUUUCUGUUCAUAAAGCUCCAACUCACAGAACACAUUAUAUUCAAGUUAACAUCAUUUAUAUCUCACACACUGUAUUUCAAGAAGUGGUGCCAAAAAUAAUUCACGGUCCUCUGAGUGACACUUUGGGCUUUUUUCAUUUCGCAGAAACACAAACUGUGAACACACCUGUAAAAGAUCACCUGACACCAAAUGAGUCACUGAUAUGAUACAGAUAGUGCUGUGAAACCGGCAUGUUUAUUUCUGUUAUUCUUUAAAUUUUCAACCCUGCCUGUACCUAGUAGGUGAUGUACUGUAGAUAUGAUCAGAUCCUUAGAUAAAGUGCUACUUGGGACAUAUUUUUUAACGAUGCCUUCAGAUCUUUCCUCCAGCGUGGUUAUUUUCAUUAUUACAUUAUUAUAUUCUCAUUUCCUCCCUGGAUAAUCGUACUGAGCUGCUGCUGUAAUCAUUAAGACUAUCCUGUACUCAUCCCAGGACUUUUAAUACAGUGACUCUUAAUAAUCCGCUCAUUCUGAACACUGUUUCAACACUGCCGUCAUCUCAGGGAAGUUUUCACCUCACUUACUGUUGUCCCUUGCUCAUCAGGGAGCUGAAUCCACAUCCAGAUCGAUGAGCUAAAUGAUUUAUCUUUUAUUUAUUGCCUAUAUGAGCAGGGAUUUGCAUGUAGCAAAUAAAGCCGAGCGAAAUCUCAUGCCUGGUUUAGAGAUACAGUUCUGUCCAAAAGUCCUAGGCACAUAUAAAGAAAUGCUGUCGACCAAAAAUGGCUUCAAAAUGAUGAAAUGAAAUGUUUCAACAUUAAAGAAUGCUAUAAACAGUAAGCAGUAAGCCAUAAUAAAUCAACAUAUAGUAACAAAGUCAAUAUUUGGUGUGAGACGACCCUUUGCAGGCUCCAGCUUACCAGCAACCCUGUAGAACAGGAUAAGCGGCUACAGAUAAUGGAUGGAUGGAUGACCCUUUGCUUUAAGAAAAAUAGUAGUCUCAUGUCCAAUGAGUGCAGUUUUAUAAGGAAAUGAGCUGUAGUGAGCAUGUACUGAGCAUCUUACAGAACCAGCCACAGUUCUUCUGGACACUUUGACUGCCACAUUCGGUUCUUCAUUUUGCAACAAAACUCAAUAGCUUUCAUUAUGUUUUCUUUUUUAAUCUGAAAAGUGCUCUCUUAUGGAAUAUGCUGCUCAGAUACAAACUUUACAUGAAAAUAAAUGUUUAAUUAUUUGCUUGGGGGAAACCCCCCACACAUGAAUGUUUGGACCUCAAAAAUGUUUUUGUACUGAUUCAAUAAUGUAAAAGUCCAUCCAUCCGUCCGUAACCGCUUAUCCUGUGCAGGGUCGCAGGAGCCUAUCUCAGCUGACUAUAGAUGAGGGGUGCAGUACACCCUGGACAAGUCACCAGGUCAUCGCAGGGCUGACACAUAGAGACGCGUAAUCAUUCACAGUCAAUUUAGAGCCACUAAUUAGCCUAACCUGCAUAUCUUUGGACUGUGAGGGAAACCAGAGCACCCGGAGGAAACCCACACAGACAUGAGGAUCUGCAAACUCUACACAGAAGGCCCUCACUGGCCACUGGGCUUGAACCCAGAAACUUCUUGCUGUGAGGUGACAGUGUUAACCGCUACACCACCCCAUCUCAGUCAUAAACUAGAAACUUAUCUCUCAUUAAUUAUCUCAUCUCAUUAUCUCUAACCACUUUAUCUUGUUCUACAGGGUCGCAGGCAAGCUGGAGCCUAUCCCAGCUGACUACGGGCGAAAGGCGGGGUACACCCUAGACAAGUCGCCAGGUCAUCACAGGGCUGACACAUAGACACAGACAACCAUUCACACUCACAUCUACGGUCAAUUUAGAGUCACCAGUUAACCUAACCUGCAUGUCUUUGGACUGUGGGGGAAACCGGAGCACCCGGAGGAAACCCACGUGGACACGGGGAGAACAUGCAAACUCCACACAGAAAGGCCCUCGCCGGCCACAGGGCUCGAACCCAGACCUUCUUGCUGUGAGGCGACAGCGCUAACCGCUACACCACCGUGCCACCCCUUGAUCCAAUCAAUAUUUAAUUUAAUUUUCAAACAUAUUUUUGUUAGUAUUGUUUAUUGUUGCUGUUGAUGAUUACUGUACAGCUAGGCCUAAAAAUGCAUUCUCAUAUAUAUUUUUUUUAAAUUAAGAUUAAAAGUUUCUAAAUUCUUACGACCCUUUUUUAAUUGCUUUUUUGUUGACAGAGAUUGUGAAAGUCCGUGCAGUUGCAUUCUCAGCGACACUGAGACGCUGUGGGGGAAAUGUUUCAGCAGCAGCUGUUUUGCUGAGUUGUUUUGUUCUGUUGUGUUUCUGCUGCAGCUGAUUUUCGGAAAUCAAAAGUAAACUGAGUCAACAUUCGAAAAAGAAAACAUAACGGAGGCUGGCCUGUGCGCUUCUCCCAUUGGCUGGGAUUGACUCACACGCUCAUCUUCCAUUGGUUGUUAUUCCAGCACGGGGCGUGGCUAUUGGGCUAUAUUAUGAGCCGCACUCAGCUGUCCAGGAGGAGUGUGUGGGCUUGUUCUGUUCCUCGACGACGAGAAGAGAGAAAGAAAAGAAAACCUUUUGAGCAGAAAUACUUACGUCAUUUAUUUAGAAGAUCAUUAAGGACUGGAUAAGAUGGAGCUCAGCAUUAAAGUCCUGAGUGGAGACACGUGGACCAUCUUUGUGAAGCCAAAUAACACUAUUGGCGAACUCAAGCAACAAAUUGGCCGACUCUUUAAAGCAAGACCUUCACGGCUGAAGCUUUCCAUCACCAAUGGACAAAUCUUGCGGCUAGACCAUGAUCAGAAGACGGUGAGCGAUUACGGGCUGAGUUCAGGAUGCACCGUGAUGCUGCUGAUCUCCACGACCCCCGUGCCCUUUCAGGUGUUCGUGAAGAACGAGAACAGACAGACAAAAACAUACGACAUCACUGAUGAUGAGACUGUUGAUCAGUUGAUGGCAAAGAUCCGCCAGAAAGAAGGAACACCAGUAGACCAGCAGCGGCUGAUCUACAGAAGCCGACAGUUCGACUCUGGCAGGAAGCUGCAGGAUUACAACAUUGUUUCUGGAAGCACUAUUCACAUGACCCUCCGUCUGCGUGGAAGCUGAUGGGACACAAACACCUGAAGAUCAUUUCAGCUUUAAAAUAAAAUCUGUUUAGCACAAUUUAGUGUUGCAUGUGUUACAGAUACAUAAAUAUUUUAAAGUUCCUUCGUUCUAAUUGCACUUGACUGAAUCUCUUUUUUGGAUGUGGUGUUCUAGUGUUUUCACAGUAUUUUUCUCUAAUCCUAUUCCUAAUUUUUUUUUUUUAUAUCUGUAAAAACUUUCCAAUAUUAGCAGGAUUGUAUUAGGUUUGUUUGCAAUAUGCAGUACUCUGAAUUCUAUGUCAAUUUAUAUAAUUGCUGUUUGCACCAACACCAAGGCCGGAUUAACUAUAUGGGCCUGCGGCACAGUGCCCAGGGGCACUACCCACUCACAGCCAGUGGGGGGGCACCACAUGACAGAAACUUUAAAAAUAUUUUUCGUGAAUGUUUGUACACUUUAAAUGGUUAUACACUUGACAUUGUUAAAUAGUCAUAUAUAAUUCAUUAUGAACACUAAUUUCAUAAGAACAACAACAAUAAUCAUAAUUCUGAGCAAGAAUGGCCUGUGUGACCAUUAACCCCCCUUUCCUCAACCUGUCAGUUGAGCCAGUCCACCUACAGUGAAAUGCAUCAAUUUUUUAAAAACCGCGGUAGAAAUGAGAAAUGGACAGACAUCAAUUGAGUGGUUGUGCGAAGAGAAAAUUAAAAACAGAGAAAGACUCCAGGCGUGUAGCUGCAAUUAAAAAUAUUCCAGUGUUAGAUCGUUUUUUUUUAUAAAAACAUCGACAACUGCUGUCACUACCAGCGCUGAAGCCGAAUCUAGUAAAAUCAGCGAUGCUAGUGAGGGAGAUGGCCCUGCUAGCACUAGCCGGGGAGAUGCUACAACCACAGCCAGUGUUAGCCGAAGGGUCGGUGACGACGAGGAUCCCCUUGAGACAUACAAAUAUAUGCUGCUCAUUUUUGAAUAAGACAUUUCAAUAUGCCUACAUGCAUAUCGUUGGUUGUUUUCAGUGAAUUUGAUGGGCUGAUGUAGCCUACUUAAUACAUUUUCAAUGAGGAAGAAUGACCUUCUUUAUGUGUACUAUUGUUUAUGUAUAUGCUACUGUUUUUGACAGCAAAGGGCAAGGUUUGUGAGUGUGUGCAGGAGGUUACUGAACGCGUGCGC